GCGAGGUAGGAAAAGGAUGGCUACGGUUCCAAGGCGAACCGUCCGACGGCGAUACUGGCCUGGUCUCUUAACGGCCGCUUACCUAUGCACCUUCGUACUCUGGAUCAACGGAAUGUUCGGCUGCGUGGCCGGUCAGAGGCCGAUAAACCUUGGCGGGACGAAGAAACGAGACGUUUACAUCGCCGGAUUCUUUCCGUAUGGCAGCCACGUGCCCGAGAGCCACAUAGGUCGUGGCGUUAUGCCUUCGGUCAAGCUCGCCGUCGAUCAUAUCAACGAGGAUCGCAACGUCCUCAGAAAUUAUCGGCUGCACAUGUGGUGGAACGACACAGAGUGCAAUGCCGCCGUUGGCGUGAAGGCGUUCUUCGAUAUGAUGCACAGUGGACCGCACAAAGUGAUGCUAUUCGGAGCAGCUUGCACGCACGUCACAGAUCCCAUCGCUAAAGCGUCGAAGCAUUGGCGUCUCACGCAGCUUAGCUACGCAGACACGCAUCCGAUGUUUACGAGCAAUAGUUUUCCGAAUUUCUUUAGGGUGGUGCCUUCCGAGAACGCGUUCAACGCUCCACGCGUGGCGCUUUUAAUGCACUUCAAUUGGACCCGGGUCGGUACUAUUUAUCAAAACGAGCCGAGAUACGCGCUGGCCCACAAUCGAUUGGUCGCCGAUCUAGACGACUACAGGAUGGAAGUGGUAGAAACGCAAAGCUUUGCCACCGAAGUCACCACGGCACUCGAGAAACUAAAGGAGAAAGAUGUUAGGAUAAUUUUAGGGAAUUUUAACGAAGCAUGGGCUAAGCGAAUAUUCUGCGAAGCGUAUAGAUUCGGUAUGUUCGGGAGAAAAUAUCAAUGGGUGAUCAUGGGAACGUACGCGGAGCAAUGGUGGCUCCAUUCCGGAGGCGGUUGCGAUCCCGCUGAACUCGCGGAAGCUCUGCACGGUGCCAUAUUGACGGACUUGCUGCCGAUCACGACCGAGAAACGAAACACGAUAGCCGGGAUCACAACCGAGGAAUACCGAGUGGAGUACGACUCGAGACGAGGCAGCGAGUAUUCGAGAUUCCACGGAUACACGUACGACGGUAUAUGGGCAGUCGCUCUGGCUAUACAACGCGUGGCAAGCAGGAUAACGCACUACCGUCGCAAUCAGACCAUGUCAGAUUUCAGAUACAGGGAUGCGCUUUGGGAAAAGCUUUUUCUCGAAGCUCUGAGAAACACCAGCUUCGAAGGUGUGACGGGGCCCGUACGUUUCUACGACAACGAGAGAAAAGCGUACAUUCUGUUGAAGCAGUUUCAAAGCGACAGAGAGGUUAAGGUCGGCGAAUACAACGGCGUGACCGGCGUUUUGAAUCUGACAAAGGGUGAACCUUUGGUCUGGAGGGGAAGAUCACCGCCGAAAGAUCGAACGCUUCAUAUCAUCGAGCAUUCGACCGUAAAUAUCACCAUCUACGCCGUGCUCACUUCCGCGGCUAGCAUGGGUAUCACCAUGGCGGUCAUUUUUCUCGCCAUCAAUAUCAAAUACAGAAAUCAAAGAUACAUAAAAAUGUCAUCGCCGCAUUUAAACAACCUCAUUAUCGUCGGAUGCAUGCUGACCUACAGCAGUGUAAUUUUCCUUGGGUUAGAUUCGCAGCUGUCCAGCGUAACGGCAUUUCCCUACAUUUGCACCGCCAGAGCAUGGCUAUUGAUGGCUGGUUUCUCCUUGGCCUUUGGUUCCAUGUUCUCCAAAACAUGGCGAGUACACUCGAUCUUCACCGAUGUUAAGCUCAACAAGAAGGUGAUAAAGGAUUACCAGUUGUUCAUGGUGGUCGGCGUAUUAUUGGUUAUCGACUUUGGGAUUAUGACGACCUGGCAGGUUGCGGAUCCGUUUUACCGGGAAACGAAACAAAUGGAGCCCUAUCCCCAUCCUUCCAGCGAAGAUAUCAUCAUAAUACCGGAAAACGAGUACUGUCAGAGUAAUCGAAUGACCAUUUACUUAGGAUGUAUAUACGCGUACAAAGGUCUGUUAAUGAUAUUCGGCGCUUUCUUGGCAUGGGAAACCAGGCACGUUAGCAUUCCGGCGUUAAACGACAGCAAAUACGUCGGAAUGAGCGUAUACAACGUGGUGAUAAUGUGUGUCACCGGGGCGGCUAUAAGCUUCGUGUUGGCUGACAAACAAGACGCCAUGUUCAUUAUGUUGGCGAUAUUCAUAAUAUUCUGCAGCACCGCUACCCUAUGUUUGGUUUUUGUACCAAAGCUGAUAGAAUUGCGAAGAAAUCCCCAGGGUGCGAUAGACAAACGAAUCAGAGCCACUCUCAGGCCAAUGUCGAAGACGCGAAGGGACUCGAGCGUCAGCGAACUGGAGGAACGUUUGAAGGAGGCCACGUUGGCGAAUCAAAAAUUUCGUAAGCAACUGUUGGAGAAAGAUUCGGAGCUUCAGAUGUUCCUGAGAAGGCUCGACGAUCAAACCGCGUCUGACGCGCAAGAAGCGGUGGACAGGCUAACGGUACCGAGACAGGAGGGAACAACGGUGAAGAAAGAGGGCCUCUCCGUGACGACGGAAACAACGGACAUUUCGAUGUCGAUGUGUAGCCUGAAUUCGACCACGACCUCUCAACCGGAUGGUGUCGACUACGCCAACACGAUCAUCGCCGAACAGCAGGCGGUCAAGAAGAAAACGUCGUUCUCGAAAGUGCCGGCGAUCGCGAUCGACAGCGAACGAGUUCCGUUGGUUCCGCAAACGCUGGAAAGCAUCAAGGGUGUGACAGUGACGUCGGCUUCUUUAUCGUCCUCUACGGCACCAGCCUCGGUCUUGAAACACGCGCCGGAUGAUUCUGGCCGUAGGAGAAGUCGUUCGUCUGGACCUGGAAAAGAAAGCGAACCUCUUCUUACCGAGAAAAGUCCGGACUCGCGAAUGGACGCUGGUAAAACGAACGUCGAGUUCGUGCCGGAAAUCGUCGAGGAGGGCGACGCCGUUAUUCUCGAAGAGACCGAGAUUCCCAGGCACGGAAAAUCGGUCAGAUGCAAAGACGAUCGUAGGUCUAGGCUACCGACGCCUCCACCCACGAAGAAUGUCUCGUUUGGCGAACUUCACGAGCAGAACUACCUGGAACAGGCGAUUCUGCCACCUCCGUUGCAGUUCGUGCCCAAACAUCGACAUUCCGUUUCAGCGAGCAACGCGUCUGCCCACCACUCGCUGAAACGAAGAUCGUCCGUGAAGAACAACGGAAUGGCUCAUUCCCAUCACGAAUUGUUCCAAACUCGGCGGACCAGCGUACCGGCCAAUUGUAUCAGCUACAUUUCCACCGAGAACGUAUCCAAGUCCGAGGCAACGGAGAUCUCGCUGAACUCCGGCCUGGAUAAAUCCUACGUUAUCGGCGAAUGCGGUCAUCGGCGAGCGUUGCUCACCGGCACUGGCUAUCGUUGCGAGAAACACGGCGGACGAGGAGGUCAUGCCCGCGCGAUGUUGAACGGUUCGGCGGAAACACCGCCUCCGCCAAGGAGGCAAAGGAAACACUACGACUCUCAGAACGCCAGUUCCCCGAGCGUACCUGCGAUGGUGAACGCGAGUUACUCCGAUACCGAGAAAUACGAGGAAUCCAUGUCGACGAUCAUUCAACGAUCCGUGUCCGAGAGAUCGCGGGAAAAGUGUCCUCGGCUACGAAGCGAGGGACACGCGAUGAUCGAAUGCCCUCAUCGCGCCACCCGUCGGAUACGAGAGUGCAGGCACACCGAGUCGAAACUUCGACAGCAGGCUCGCCUGGAGUACGUGCAGAGCACGCCGAACGUCGCUACCAUUCACAACAACAAAUUCGCUAGCGCGAAUCCGCGCGGCGGUGGCGUGGCCGGUGGCGGUGGCAGUGGUGGUGUGGCCGGAAGUGCGAACGGCCCGGGAACGGCCAGUUCCGUGACCGGUAGCAGUACAGACGUUGUCGGUGGUUCCGCCGCGAACGUCUCGAAAAUGUAUAGCGCCGUGUCAGACGGCGAAUUGCUCGAUCUGGCCAUAUUGCCGAUCUUUCAAAAGCUGCUCACCGAGAGGCACAAAAGUUCCUCGAGGGCCGGCUACGGCGCCAGUGUAGCCAGCUGUCCAAAUAUAUCUAUCAAAUGCGACAUCGUUGAAUACCUUUAACGAUCUUCCAACGAUUAGUUUCGAAUAUCGUCUGCCGAUUUCGCUCUCUCCCUCUUUUCUUCGCAACUACCCCUCCCUCUCCCGAUCCCGAUCUUUUACUCUCUUUACGGCCUUUAAACGCGCGCAACGUCUAUCGCGAAACGCGUUUGCCGACAAUCCAGAUUACGAUUACAUCCGCGAGCAAUCGUCCGUUCCUUUCUCGAGCCUGCCUGCCUACCUUUGCGAUACACAGACACACACUCUCUUCCUCUCUCCC